UCCAGAGUUUUCCACAAACGGGGUUAAAUAUAGUAGAAUUAUAACAAAAUUUCAAGCGGACGAAAUAGCGGUCUAGUAAUUAUAUUAAUAAACAUAUAUGGUAGAUACCGACGUGAUACGUUCAUAAUUUUGAUAAAUAUGAGACAGGUCGCAAAGUAGUCAGUCGAGCCGACCCGAACUCACGCCGCGCGCGCCUCAAGAUGUUCGCGGAAAUCGUGGCCGCUGUGCUUUUCCCGCUUGUUCUGUUUUAUGUGUAUAAGAGCGCGUUUAAGAAGCCUGAUAAUUUUCCACCUGGCCCGCCAAGCCUCCCAGUGUAUGGAGCGUACUUCCUACUCUACGCCAUAUCUCCCAACAACUUAGCCGAAGCCUUCAUCAAACUUGGUCAACGGUACAAGACGCGGCUGGUCGGCUGUUUCCUGGGACCUUUCCCGGCCGUGGUCGCCAACCACCCAGCCUUGGUUAAAGAAGUCCUGAACAGAGAGGAGUUUGAUGGGCGUCUGGACAUUAUUCUUGGGAGGCUACGGGCUUUCUGGAAACAACUCGGCAUAUUCUUCACUGACGGUUACUUCUGGCACACGCAGCGGAGGUUCUCCCUGCGCUACAUGCGCGAUUUUGGGUUCGGGCGGCGCAGCUCCAAGCUCGAAGAUACCAUCUCCCAUGAGAUCAAGGAGAUGAUCGACAUGAGAAUCAACGGCCCCAGGAACGACGAUGAAAAGGGACUAGUGAACGGCGAACUGGUUUACCUGCCGCACUAUCUCUCCGUACCUUUUAUCAACGGUAUGCUGCACGUGUUCAGCGGAAUGACCCUGCCCCGUGAAGAUUACCCCGCGCUCUGGGACCUGGCCAGAAACACCCUCAGGUUCCAGCGCGGCAGCAACGAUCUAGGCGGAGCUCUCUCCUUAACUCCGUGGCUCAAGGAACUAUUUCCCAAAUGGAGCGGCUAUCAAGACUUGUAUCAGGGGAACAAGUUUAUAACGGACUUUUUCAGGAAACUAAUAGAACACGCGAUGGCGACGCAUGAUGAGAGCCACGACCGACACUUCUUAGACAUGUACAUCAGAAAAAUGAAGGAGGAGAUUCAAGACACCGGACGCACUACGUUCUCAGCGGAUCAAUUGAUCCUGAUCUGCACGGACUACAUGUUCCCGAGCGCGACGGCCGGCGAGUCCGUUAUCCAGCUCCUGGUGGAACAAAUGUUCCUGCAUCCUGAGAUCCAGGACAAGAUCCACGAGGAGAUCGAUCGAGUCGUUGGCCGCGACCGCAUGCCCAAUCUGGACGACAGGAAAAACAUGCCGUACACAGAAGCGUGUCUGCGCGAAAUGAUGCGGUUUGAGACAACAGUACCACUCGCAGUACCACACCGAUGCGUCGUCGACACCACCCUGGACGGCUACCAUAUUGCGGAGAACACCAUAGUGGGAGUGAAUCUGACGAGUCUACAUACGGACAAGAGCAUAUGGGGCGACCCCGAAGUUUUUCGACCGGAGCGGUUUAUCAAAAAUGGCCGCCUCGAUGUCGCUAGCGACAAGUCGUUGCCUUUUGGAGCGGGUCGACGACUGUGCGCCGGAGAGACGUACGCGCGGCAGUGCACCUUCCAAGUGUUCGCGAACUUCAUGCAGGCGUUCCACGUAUCCACGGCCGACGGCCGCCCGCUGACGAAGCCCGCCCGACGGAUUCAGGGCAUCAUCACCACCAUACCGGAGGGCUGGGUGCGCGUCACGCCGAGAAUAUAACGUUUAUUAGGUUAUGUUAGGUUAAGAGUUUUUUGAUAACUUGAAAUGUUGAAGGCUCAUUCAGUGCAUGUUCCAAGUGUUUCUCAUUCAGAUUUUAAAAUAGAUAAAAGGUUAUUUUUUUAGUAUGAGGGGAGGAUUAAGUAAAACUAGUUUAUAUACCUACGUAGGUACUUAAUUAACAUAAUUCAAACCAGCUUCAUGCAGCCAAGUUGCCAACCAGUCCGUAGCUGACCAUAACAACUUUUUACCAAUCGCCUCAGAAACAGAGAUUAAUUAAUGUUGGUCUGAAUAAAUGUCUCCUGAGGGCAACCGCGAAAAAGGAAAAUCGUAAAUCGUUUUUUUUUAGUUAUCUGCCUAAUCUAUCGCUCUUGCAUAUUCGAGCUAUAGAGAGUAGAGACGCAGAUAAAGAAAACGGUUGGCCCUCAGGUUAUUACCAACACUAUACCAAGUUUUUCUAUUAGUGCGCUUCACGAAGGACGUAGCGUUUAAACGUAACUAUGCUCAUGAUAUUGUUAGUAAAUAGGUACCUAACAAAUAGUUACGUGUUUUGUAAUUCUUUCGCUCAGUUAGUAGUAAAUAAGUACGUAAUUAAUAAUUACGUAUUUUGCAUUUCUAUUGCUCAAUUAGCAGUUAUUCAGUAAAUUAUCUUACAGUAAAUAAACCGUGUUAAUUAUUGAGUUUUACCUACCUUUGACAUGUUGCGAAUGAGCAACCUUGUAGGGCACUUAGCAAUAGCUUAAUUAAGAGUUUAUUGCGGCACUAGAAGCGAUUAUGCACAUGCUAACUAGUUGCAGUAGCAAGUGAUUCUAAACGGUUCGACACCUCAUGGUUCACCAAGAAAAAAAGAUAUAUAUAAUCUACUACGCACAUAAUUUAUUUUAUCUACACACAUAUCAUAAACUCUCUAUGAUGCCUGUAAAAUCCGUAAAUAAUGGCCAACAUUACGAUAAACUGUUUUGUUACAACAAAUUUCUUAUCUGUGAAAAUGUUGUUAUUACUUCAUAACUACAUAAGAAUCGAUUUGGUUAUGACACUUAUGACAUUCAAAUUUGGAUAAUCUCUCUGGAUUCUAAUAUCAGUGGAGAUGCCUUUUUGUUCGAAAUGAAAUGUCAAUUGCAAACAAUUUUGACAAAUCUCGCAUGUUGGUUUAUAUCGAAUGAUAGGGCAAUAGGCCCCCGACUCUAGUUUGUCUCUGGAUUUAAAAAAAUUACGGAUGCGUGACAUGCGUGAAAAAAGUUUUCAUUUACCGCCAUUAGACGUACAGUUUAUUUUUUAAUUAGUUUAUAGUAUAAAAUGAAUUUGUUUUGUUGUUUUUAACGUAACUAUAGCAAAAGUUUCGUCUAAAAUGAGCGAUAAAAAUAUUUCGGACACGCUGCCACAUAUCCGCGAGUUCCGUCAAGAGAGCAACGAUGCCCCAACGUUGGCUGUAAUUUGGGUUAGUGAAUGUAUCAUAGAAAGUUUAUAAUAUGUGUGUAGAUAAAAUAGUACGUGUAAAAUACUGUACAUAAUUAGGCAUUAAAACACUCGUGUGAUCCUUGUAAGAAACUCACUUCGUUCCUUUCUUAAACCCACACUCGUGUAUUUUAAUGCCUUUUAUUGUGUAGCAGACACAUAAACUACAAGGGGGCAAAGUUGUUGUUUAAUCGCUCAUGCUGAUAUUGAUACCCAAGCAAGCGAAAGAUUCCAAAAUAGAACUACAAGCGUAGCGAGUGGUUCGAGAAGUGGAAUCUUGAGCGAUGUGAGGGUUUCAACUUUUCAAGGCACGAGGGUUAAACAAAAUUUUGCCUCCGAGUGAAACACAAAAAUUUUCACCACACCAACGCGAGGAAAAUACUAACUAUGAAAUACCAAUAAAUGCCUUUUAUUAUGUAGCAGUCGCAUAAACUACUAUAAUUUUUGUAGUACUAAAUGAAAACUAGGCGAUUGAACUGCGUCCUAAACCAGAAAAAUGUAUGUGUAUGUGUGUAUUUUAAGUUUUCCCCGAUGUUUGACAUCGUAUCAUGUUAUUCCUCUCUAACACAUGAGUCGCAUGAUACGUUCUCUUUGUUCCUCAUUAGACUGUGCCUUAAUGACUACUCUGAGCAGGCGUGAGCCAAGUGCUCUCAGAAAAAUGGGUGACAUAGAAAAUAUCAUGUAUUAUGUAGGUUUGCUAAAGUUAAGGACACUGGAGCCUAAUUUCUGAUCGUUACCAGCCCAAAACUAGUCCCGACGCAACUUGAAUCGAUACCACAUAAUAACUCUCGAAAUUGGUUCCAUUUACCGAAUAAAGAUUUUUCGAAACUCA